AUGGCCGAAACUCACCACCAUCAUGAAGCUCCCACGUCUCCCCCACCAGACCAAUGGAAACACACCGGCGUGCGCGUCAUCCCCUCCGACUCCCUCGACACCAACACCGCGCAAACACCCGGCAUGACGCGCGCCGCCGCGAUCAACACCGCACGAGUAGGGGCUCAAAAGCUCUGGGCCGGGACCGUAACCAUCGACGCCGGCGCCAAAACCGGCGCCCAUCACCACGGGCACCUGGAAUCCGUGAUCUACGUACUCAGCGGCCGAGCGCGGAUGCGCUGGGGUGAGAAUCUGGAGUUUGUGGCCGAGGCAGGGCCGGGCGAUUUCAUCUUCGUCCCGCCGUAUGUGCCGCACCAGGAGAUCAAUGCCAUGGAGAAGGAGGAGUUGAGGUGUGUCUUGAUGAGGAGUGAUGGGGAGGCGGUCGCGGUCAAUCUGCCGGAUUUGGAACCGGUCGAGAGACCGGAGGGCGUGAGGUGGGUGGAUCCGACGCAUCAGGGGUUGCCUGGGGCGUGA